AUGGGCACCAAUCGCGUGUUGAACAUAAAGGCUUUUAUAAUAUUAGCUUUGGCCAUCGCUGCCGUCUCUGCGGGGACCGUCGACCAGGUCCAUCCCAAAGACCUUCCCAGGUCUGUUAAGAUCGAGGGUCGCAUAACCAAUGGCUAUCCAGCCUACGAGGGCAAGGCGCCCUACACCGUUGGCCUGGCCUUCAAUGGCUGGUGGUGCGGUGGUUCGAUCAUUGCUCACGACUGGGUGCUGACUGCUGCUCACUGCACCAACGGUGCCAGCUCUGUGACCAUUUACUACGGUGCCACCUGGCGCACCAACGCCCAGUUCACCCACACUGUUGGCAGCGGCGAGUUCAGACAGAAUAACCGAUGGCCCAAUGAGAACGGCAAUGACAUCGCUCUGAUCCACACGCCUCAUGUCGAUUUCUGGAGCAUGGUCAACAAGGUGGACCUGCCCAGCUUCAACGAUCGCUACAAUAUGUACGAUGGCUCCUGGGCUGUUGCCUGCGGCUGGGGUGGUACCUAUGAUGGUAGUCCACUGCCCGACUGGCUGCAGUGCGUCGAUCUGCAGAUCAUCAGCAACAACCAGUGCUCUCAGACCUAUGGCCACCAGCCUGAUGGUAUUCUGUGCGUUGCCACACCUGACGGCAAGUCCACCUGCCAAGGUGAUUCCGGCGGCCCACUGGUGCUCCAUGAUGGCGCCAAAUUGGUUGGUGUUACCUCCUGGGUAUCUGGCGCUGGUUGCCAAUCGGGUCUUCCAUCUGGUUUCACGCGUGUCACAAAUCAACUGGACUGGAUUCGCGACAACUCUGGCGUUGCCUACUAUUAAGUUGGUAUCUUGAACAAAUAUAUAUGAAUUGCAUGGAAACUUUGUAUGU